AUGAAUGAUACACUCAAAGAAAAAUUUAGUGAAGCACCCGCGGUAGCAGAAGAAUCAGUAGAAAGUAUUUCGCAUACCUUCGAAACCAACAAUCACAACUAUACGAACAGAACAACUACACGACAACACAAGAAAAACAAAGAAUACAUGGACGGCAGAAGAAAUAGUAGAGUUGAUGGACAUGACGAAUACCAUUCUGCUUCGGACGAAAUUAUAACUCAAGCAAAUGAAACCGUUGCAUCUUCAGAAAGGAUUAUAGAUAGUGUUUUUCGAGAAAAUGGUUCUGCAAAGGACAGAAUAGUCGUUGAAGCUCAAGAUAUCGCAAUAAAACAUGGAAUGCUCCUUCCUUUAGAUAAAAAAAGAGUAGCUCAGGAUAAGGAAAUAAUUCCAACAGGAGUUGUACUUCCUGAUGGAAGUCGUGUAUUAUCUAACGGAAAUAUUCAAAGGCCAGAUGGAACUAUUAUAACACAUGAUGGGGAGAUUCAACCAUUAGCUACUACUUUUCGUCCGUUUCCGUUAAACGGAACUACUAUACAAACAGAUUUAAGUAAACAAACAAAAAAACAUCAACUACCUGAAGGAUACAUUAUAGAGCCAGAUGGCAGUAUACAACCCUUGGGUAGCAAAUUAUUACCAGAUGGAACUAUUUUAAGACCAGAUGGAAACAUUGUUUACCCUGACGGAACUGUCAAAUCUUCCGAAGGGCAGAUUCUUCCUCUUAAAAAAUCGAUAGAAUUAAGUCAAAGCUUUAUGUUGCCUGACGGGACAAUCGUCCAAGAAGAUGGUACCAUCGUAGGACCAGACGGUAGUAUUUAUCCAACGGGAAGUAGACUUUCUCCAGGCGGUACCAUUUUAUUACCCGAUGAUAAGUCAGGUCAAAAACAUCAACUACCUGAAGGAUACAUUAUAGAGCCAGGAGGAAGCAUACAACCUUUGGGUAGCAAACUAUUAUCAGAUGGAACUAUUUUAAGACCAGAUGGAAACAUUGUUUACCCUGACGGAACUGUUAAAUCUCUCGACGGGAAGGUUCUUCCUCUUAAAAAAUCAAUAGAAUUAAGUGAAAGCUUUAUGUUACCUGACGGUACAGUUGUCCAAGAAGAUGGUACCAUCGUAGGACCAGAUGGUAGUAUUUAUCCAACGGGAAGUAGACUUUCUCCAGGCGGUACCAUUUUAUUACCCGAUGAUAAGUCAGGUCAAAAACAUCAACUACCUGAAGGAUAUAUUAUAGAGCCAGGAGGAAGCAUACAACCUUUGGGUAGCAAACUAUUAUCAGAUGGAACUAUUUUAAGACCAGAUGGAAACAUUGUUUACCCUGACGGAACUGUUAAAUCUCUCGACGGGAAGGUUCUUCCUCUUAAAAAAUCAAUAGAAUUAAGUGAAAGCUUUAUGUUACCUGACGGUACAGUUGUCCAAGAAGAUGGUACCAUCGUAGGACCAGAUGGUAGUAUUUAUCCAACGGGAAGUAGACUUUCUCCAGGCGGUACAAUUUUAUUACCCGAUGAUAAGUCAGGUCAAAAACAUCAACUACCUGAAGGAUACAUUAUAGAGCCAGGAGAAAGUAUACAACCUUUGGGUAGCAAACUAUUAUCAGAUGGAACUAUUUUAAGACCAGAUGGAAACAUUGUUUACCCUGACGGAACUGUUAAAUCUCUCGACGGGCAGGUUCUUUCUCUUAAAAAAUCAAUAGAAUUAAGAGAAAGCUUUAUGUUACCUGACGGUACAGUUGUCCAAGAAGAUGGUACCAUCGUAGGACCAGAUGGUAGUAUUUAUCCAACGGGAAGUAGACUUUCUCCAGGCGGUACCAUUUUAUUACCUGAUAGUAAGUCAGUAAUACAAGAUGAAACACUUGUUGAUAACGGUAAAAUUUUAGAAAAAGCAAUUGUAAAAUCAGAAGAGAUUAUUCCAAAACAAAACGAUGUAUACAGUUCCACAAAUCAACUUAAAACUAAAUUUGGAAGUAGGGAAAGCCCACACGAAAUUGAUAUAGGAACACAAAAAAUAUCUCAACAAAUAGAAGGAGUUUUAACUAGAAGUAAUUAUUUAGAUGAAAGGUCCGUUACCAAUAUUACACAAGAAGAUAAACCAAUUAUAGUAGCAGAUAAAAGUGAUAAUCUUUUUGAUAAUGAUAUAAAAAAAGAUAUAAGCACACCACAAGACGGUGUAACAAUAAAUGGUAAAAAAUAUGAUGAUAACAUUGAUAUGCAAAUAGAUAAAAUUAAUGCUAAAGGAAGCGUUACACUAAGGGAUGCUUUAACUACGAAGAUCAGUGUGGGUGUAUCUGAAAUUACUGAGACAGUUACAGCGAAAAAUGAACAAUAUAAUCAAAUACCUGGUUUAAUAGGUAAAGAUAAAGAAAAUGAAGUAUUAACCGACAAAGAAGCUGCUACAGUAAGUGAGUUACCAAUUCAAAGGCAAAUUACACCUGAAAGUCUUCCCAUAAUUUCAAUUACUCCUGAAAGUGACACUGUUACACCAAAAACUUAUUCUGAAACAAAUGCUGAUACUAUAAAAACUGAUGAAAUAAAAUCUCAACCUGGAAUAACAGAUAAAGUUGGACUAGAUGACGCAUUAAGGGAUAAAGAAAAAGGUGCUUUCAAUAGGCUACCAAUCAAAACUCGAGCUACAAGUGAUAGUUUUCCCACACCAACAAUUACACCUGAAAGCACCAUUGUGAAACAAAAAAAAUCUGGGUCAAUAAAUAAGUUACCAAUUAAAACACGAGUUACAAGUGAUAGUUUGCCCAUACCAUUAAUUAGACCUGAAAGUGCCACUAUGAAGCAAAAAAUAUUGAGUUAUUCGGAAACGGAUGCUGCCACUAUAAAGACCGAUAAAGUUAUGUCCCAACCUAGUGAAGCGCUUACAACUGCAAAUGGGCCAUCCGGCAUGAUAACUAAAGAUGGAUCAGAUAAAGUACUGAAGGAUAAAGAAAAAGCUGCUACAUUAAGUGAUCUACCAAUUAAAAGCAAAGCUACAACUGAUGGUCUUCCCACAGUUGCAACUACACCUGAAAGUAUCAUAAUUACACGAAAAAUUUCAAGUAUUUCUGAUCAAGAUAUAUCUCAACUUAGUGAGGAACUUGUAAUAACAAAUGGAGAAUAUUAUCCACCAUCUGGCACAACAGCUAAAGAUGGAGCAUAUGACGUAUUGAAGGAUAGCGAUAAAGCUGCUCAAAUAAGUGGACUACCAACUAAAAGUCAAAUUACAGAUAAUGAUCUUCCUACACCGUUAAUUACUGCUGAAGGUGCCAUUAUCAGAGAAAAAGAUAUUAUUCUAGGCACCAAUGGAUCUGUUAUAAAAUCAGCAAUAAAAACCAGUGAAGAUUUAUCCAAACCUGAAAUUAUGCCUGAAAGUGCAAUUAGCACAGAAAAAGUGAAGACUUUCGCGCCUGAUGGAUCUGUUAUAAAAACUGAAGAAACGGUUUUAAGAAAGUUUGAACCUAGCGAGACAAUUCCAAUAGCAAAUGAACAACAAUAUCCAAUAUCCAGUACAAUAGAUAAUGAUGAACUAGAUCAAAUAUUACAGGAAAAAGAAAAAUCUGCCACAGCAAGUGGGCAACAGCUUGAGGGUAAAUUUAUGACUGACAGUCUUCCCAUACCGCCAAUUACCACUGAAAGUACUAGUAUCGCAGAAAAAACAGCCGUUAUAUCUGUUGAAGAAAUUGACGAAACAGUUUUAAAAACAUUUGAAGCAGACGUUCCAAUUGUACAGGAUGAUAUGUCUAAACCUAGUGAUGCAAUUACAACAACGGAAACAGGUGAAAAAUAUUAUUCAUUGCACGCACUAGAUAUUGGUGAAAAUCAAAUAUUAAAGGAUCAAGAAAAAGUUGCUGAAAUAAGUAAGCCAUUAAUUAAAACUCAAAUUACACAUGAAAGUAUUCCCAUUUAUUCAAUUGAGCUCGAAGAUGCCACCAUCACUGAAAGAACUGGUGUAGUAGCUCCAAGUGGAGACAUACAGCUAGAAGAAGAAAGUGUCAAACUGAUAACUGCUUCCCCCGCUGGAACUUUUACGAAAACAGGAGAAAUUGCUGUUUAUCCACCUCAUGUUGUACGUCCUAUAGAUGGAGGUGUAUCAAGUAGUUCUGAACAGCUUAUUAGACUAAUUGAUACAGAACUGGGUGAAACUGUUUUGAGUGAAAGAGUUAAACAUUUAGACGACUUAGGUGAAGCCAUAUAUGUAGAUAAACCGAUUAUAGAUUUUGACAGCAUUCAUAAAAAGAGCCAAACUGAAAAGAUCGGUAAUGGUAGAGAUAAACUAAGCAAAAUGGAUAAAAGACACUCAUCAGAAGUACCCGACUUUGUAUCAAAACUAUCUUAUAAAGACAUGCCUCCACCGCUUGAGGUAACUGAUAGUAAAAGGCCUAGGAAGAAGCGUUCCUCUAAAACCGAUAUUAAAGUGUGCACUUGUCAUAGUUCUUGCACGUGUAUUUUAUGUUCGUCAGAAAUUAUGGAAAAACGAGCAAGUAAACCACCUAAAAAAGAAUCUAAAAUUAAAGAAAGUAAAACUUGCUAUUGCAGAGGAACGGGAAAUAAAACUCUAACCCAACUUUCUCCUCAACACACUGCUUAUCCUAAUAACCUUUAUCAGCCUCCUCUUCUAUAUCCUAAACGAAAAUGUGAAACCUUUGUGGGAGGUCCUCCAUGCAAUAAACCGAAACAGCAAUUUAAUUUGGAAAAAGGAGUAAAGCAAAGAUCAAAAAUAAGCAUCGAUGACGUAUUUAAGCCUAGCACAUACAAACGUGAUGUUGAAAAGCCUUUAAAAAAAGGAGUUUUCAAAAAAAGACAUGGGGCCGAUUGCGAAUGUGUAGACUGCCUAUGUUCGCCAAUGAUCCGAGCUCUAUCUACGACUAGAGAAUUCUUUAAAGUCCGGGACACCAAGCAAAUAUACCAGGUCUCAAACAUCAAAUGUUUUUGUCCAAAUACAAGCAAAAAAAUAUCAAAAAUUCCCAUAUCCACUAAUCCAGCAGUACCAAAAGUAAGAUCUACCGCAGUAGUCUGUACUUGUGACCCAUGUGAAUGUCAACCUUGUAGUGAUACUAAAAAAGAUGCUGCUGGUACAAUAAAAGUUGAUGAAAGUAAGUAUUAA